AUAUAUAAAGGCCGAAGGGUGCCCACGCUCUACCACUCCUCAUCGCAUUCAUUUCGUCAAGUUUGAACCCCCCGAUCUUGAUUCCUGAGGAGGAGUUUGUGUCCGCAUGGCAAAGCUCAACCAGAUCAGAUCCAUCGGAUCAAUGAGCAAACUGCCUCCUGGCUUCGUGUUUGAACCCACCGACGAAGAGAUCUUGUUUGAGUACUUGCGACGCAAGAUUUUUGCCCUUCCUCUCCCCGCCUCCAUCGUCCCCGAACUCAUCGCCCUCUCCAACUAUGAUCCCUGGGACUUGCCUGGUGAUGGCGAGGAGGCGAGAUACUUCUUCAGCAACCUCGAUGGAGCCAGCAACGCCGUCGUCCGAGCAACUUCUUGUGGAUACUGGAAGGCACAGGGCGUCCCUAAACAGAUCUCGCCUUCUUCGAGCGACGCUCACAACCGCAUGAUAAUGGGGAUGAAGAAGACUCUGGUGUUCUUCAGAGGGCGGCCUCCGCAUGGUUCUAGGACGUCUUGGGUCAUGCACGAAUAUUGCCUCCUUCCUGCACCCUCCGCUGCUCGCGCCCCGCAGCUGAACUCGUGGGUCGGCGAACUAGGAAGGUGGGUUCUGUGUCGCGUCUUUGCGACGAGAGCAAGCAGCAGCAGCAGCAGCGAUUUCACGAGCAUGGAUGUCUUGUCGUCGUCGUCGUCAAGCAAUAGUAGUGUCACAGAGGACUCCUCCUCAUCACUUGAUGAGGAACAGACUAGUGAACGGUUUGGCUGGUGAGCCUAGUCACGUGACCGGCGGUAAAAGGCCCAUUUCCAGCUUUCGAGAUAAUCGGAGAAAGAGAUCGAUCUAAUGAAAUCUACAGUCGUGUGCGAUUGUUGGUGUGUUAUUUAUCAUCCAUUCGAUAUGCCUUCUCUUCAGCCACAUUCCCCGCAGGAAUCUGCAUGACUGAUGAUUCCACUUGUUAUAUAUUCGAUCAAACACAACACCAUCAUAUUUCAAACCAACAAGCAUCGCACUCUAUCUAAAACUAAAGUUGAAGCAUAUCAAUCUGAAGUAAACUACUUCUU